AUGGGUACCGAGUUUGGUAUCAACAAAGAUACCAAGCCCGAGCUUCGUCUCGGAGCUGUGGGUAUCUUCUUCCUCGUCUUUGCUGCAUUAUGGACGGCUAUACUCUUUGCCGGGAUGGCAUUCCUCUGGGUCCGGCGCGAGAUGCCCAUUCUUAGGAUCCGAGGCUUGCCGCUGUCCUUUGCCGCGAUCACUUUCAUGCACACGUACUGGCUUGCUGUCCAGCUGGCCUACUGGUAUGGCGCGCUGAUGCCCGAGGUCGCCGAGUUUUGGAUCAUGGGCGUCUGGUUUCCCUUUGGAAUCGCCCUUUUUCACGCCUCCAACAGCAGGUUCCUGUAUGUUGCCGAUGGCCAAAGAAAGUUCCUCCAGAGAUCCGAUGCUCCGUCUGCGCCCGCUGGACAAGGAAGCUUACUGGGUCGAUGGCGGAAGAUGGAUUACAAUCGUCGUUCUCUCAUCCUGAUCUUUACCUGCAUGGGUCUCCAGCUCGCUCUGACAGUCAUUGUGUUCCUCGUGUCUCGAAAAUUUCACAGCUCAUUCGGCAUCCCUGGCACUGAAGUCCAUGGCAGCUUCAUGGAACAAAAAGUGGCCCAAGGCCGCGGAUGGGAGUGGGUUCCCUCCAUCUUCUGGCAGAUGUUCUGGGCAUGGAUCUUUGCUCCCUAUAUCCUCUUCCGCGCGCGCAAACUCCGAGACACACAAGGAUGGAGGUUCCAAACCAUUGCCUGCUGCAUCUCCAAUCUUCACGCCGCCCCAAUGUGGCUGAUUGCUUUGUAUGUUCCCGGGAUGGAGACAAUCAACACGUACUUUAUCCCUCCGCAAUGGAUCGCCGUUUCCGUCAUGCUCCUCGAAAUUUUCACCGUCUUCGUACCCAUCGUCGAGGUCUGGAAGCACAAAGCUCUCACUCAGGAGACGCUCAACUCCAUUGCGCGCUGGGAGUCCCAGAAGAAGGGAUUCAACGGCGGCAACAAGUCCAUUCACUCAGACUCUACGAGGUCGUCAUGGGGAGGAAGAGUCGGAAGAACGUCGUCUGUACACACAAGCACCUCUGGCGGAAGCAUUCUGACCAUGGAGGCCCUGGAGCACACUCUGUCAAAGAACCCCGAGCCACUGCAGCAGUUCUCCGCACUUCGAGACUUUUCUGGAGAGAAUAUUGCGUUCCUCACAGCGGUCAAGGAAUGGAAGGCUACCUACUUCCCCACCGCUGCGAAAGAAUCAGAGAAGGAGGAUGGCGCGGUAAAGGAGCUGCCUCGCGAGUGUUUCGACGGCGCGCUCAAGAUCUACGUUGACUACAUCAGCGCGACCUAUGCUGAUUUCCAGAUCAACCUCUCCUCGACAGACUUCAAGGCCCUGCAAUCCAUCUUUGAGCACGCCGCGAGCGUCAUCUGCGGCAGAGAGCGCAGCAGUCCGGACCCUUGCACGCCCUUUGCCGACAUCCCCCACAACGACUCUGAGAGCACCCUUGACGUCGUCCGCUACGAGGGCGAUGUUCCUGCCGAGUUUGACGAGCAUGUCUUUGACGAUGCGGAGAUGAGCAUCAAGUACCUGGUGUUGACGAACACGUGGCCCAAGUUUAUCAAGGAGCGGCGGUCGUUUGACAUGGCGAGCGCUGCUGAGGCUGGGCAUAACUGA